ACUUCAUCAGAAGCACACAAACAACAAAAGGGCCUGCAUGAAGGACGCAUUGUAAGAGAUAUAGCACACGCCAUCAUGGCAUAGUUCGUAGACGUAUUGGCCGGCCUCCACACAACCACGCCAUCAGUAGAUUUCCCUCCGCCAUGGUUCCUUUAGGGUUUAGUAAACGGUAUCUUGCGGCCGAGGAGAAAUGGGAGAAAGCUCUAGCUAGUUAAUUGAUCGAGAAGGCGAGAACAUUGCCUACGAAGUGGUAGAGGUUUGUCUCAAUGGUAAUCCAGCACACGCUGCACAGAAUUGGCACCCGGCCAGAUCGCAAUCUUUCGGAUGCUGUGGACGCCCGCCAGAGGUGCUUCCUUCACUCGCUUUCAGACAAGGACCGCUUUGUUCUUCCAUUUGACGAGCCAUGGCCCGUGCCAGGUAACGAGAGAAGAGAGAAUCUCCAUUCCAGUAGCCAACAUACUCGAGGCUUUGUCGUUGAAAGAUACUGGCAAGUUCAUCCUGAAGGUUUUUGGACCAUGAACUGCGUGUACAGCUCGGAGAACGACAGAGCGUCCUUCAAAUGGGCGUAAGUCGUAGCUUGCUUAGUUUCUACGUUUCGCAGGCGUGGCCAUCUCUUCGACUAUGUACCCGCCGUUGCCAUAUAUGAAAUGUGCGUGGAAGAGCCUCUUGCUACGGUUAAAUUAUCUUCCGUUGGUCAUUCGUGCACGCUCGAAAGAUUGCCUUGGGUCUCAGGAGACAAUGAAGGCCGCGGAAGAGCUCUACCAACAAGGAUUCAUCCGCUAUCCCCGGGCUCAGUCAGAUUACUUUUCGGAGAGCACUGUGUGUUGCAUACCCUUUGAGCUGAUAUCGACAAAGCUCACCCGCCUGUAUUUCUACAAGGUGACGAUUUCAGUGAGGGAUGAUUGCAUUGCAAAGCUCCUUGAGAAUUUUUAACUUGGAAAGUAAGUGUGCCAUAAAUCUUUGUACAUGAACUACUCAUGUUCUGUUUUAUUGCAGCUUUGGAAAACUGAGAUAGUAAUGGCUGCUUUACAAAAUCCCCCAGAAACACUUCGGACCAGGAAAACAUUUACGAAGCAGGAACAACACCAGGACAUAGCGGUGCUGAUAAACGCCAUGAAGCAGUGCAGACGUUCAAAGGACCUGGAGAAGGGACGGAAAAUUCAUGCAGAGGCAAUCGAAAGCGGCAACAUCUCGAACAUUUACGUGUCAAACACUCUGAUCGACUUCUAUGCAAAGUGUGGGAGCAUGAACGAAGCUCGCAGUGUCUUCGACAAGCUGCAAGCCCGCGAAGUGGUGUCCUGGAAUACUCUAGUGAUGGGCUACGUGCGAAAUGGACAGAGUGACCUCGGCUUGGAUUUAUUUUCAGCCAUGCUGGCCGAGGGCUGUACUCCAAACGGCAGAACUUUCGUUGCUGCGCUCAAGGCUUGUCUCGGUCUGGCUGAGAACGAAGACGGCAAGAAGAUCGACGGCAAAUGGAUGAAGGCUAGAUCUCUGGAGCAAGUAAUGGCACUUCAUGUCCUGGCUGUGAAUUACGGGUGCGAGCUCGAACUGUUCGUGGCAAGCAGCCUGGUUGACGUUUAUGCCAAGUGCGGGGCCUUGGGAGAUGCUCGAAGAGUUUUCGACAGGAUGAAGUUUCGUGGGGUAGUUUCAUGGACUGCUUUGAUGCUAGGGUACAUUGAAAGCGGGGAAUCCGAAGUUGCCGUGAAGCUAUUUCCUGGCUUGCUAGCACAGGGGUGUGGGACUGAUGCUCGGGCUCUUGUUGCGGUGCUGAAAGCCUGCACCACUGCUGCUGCUCAAGAGGAAGGAACAAAAGUUGGCGAUGGCAAGGUCGUGAAGUUGGUUCUUUUGGAAAGAGGCAUGGCUAUACACAGAAAGGUUUUGAGGAGUGGCACCUUGGAUAUCUUCGUUCUCAACACGCUUGUGGACUUGUACGCUUCGUGUGGGAGCAUGGUGGACGCUCAGAGAGUCUUCGAUACAAUGCCUCGACGUGAUGCCGUGUCCUGGAACGUUUUGAUGCUGGGCUAUGUGCAAAACCAGGAGUUUUCUGCCGCUCUCAGCGUCUUCUCGCUUAUGAUGCAAUCCCGGGACAGCACUCCAAACUACUUGACGUUUGUCGCUGGAUUGAAGGCUUGUGGGAAGUUGAUGGUUUCGGAGACUGGAAGACGAGUUCAUGCCGAGCUUUGCAGACAUGGCCUGGAGAACGAUGCGGUUCUAGCUGCUUCACUGGUGGACUUUUAUGGGAAGUCCGGAAGAAUGGUGGAUGCGGAGGUUGUGUUUGAGGCUACCGUGAAAAGGGAUGUUGUGACAUGGACUGCUCUAGCAGUGGGCUACUGCCGGCAAGGAAACACUAAGCAAGUUCUUGAGAUCUUCCACACAAUGCAAGAGAAAGGACUACAGCCUGACGGGAUAAUGUUUCUCUCCAUCUUGACUGCGUGUAGUCACGCUGGUAUGGUAAAUGAGGCGAAGCUCCUUUUUGAAGUGAUGCGGUCGAAGUAUGGGGUCAGCCCGGACAUUGAGCACUACCACUGUAUGGCAGAUCUAUUGGGACGUGCAAGCCAAGUCGACGAAGCAGUGGAUGUGGUAAAGACCAUGCCUUUUAGAGCGAAUGUUGUUACGUGGACCACGGUGCUGGGUGCUUGCCGGAAGCUGGUGUUUGAUUUGUGGUGACUAUGGGACUCGAUGCAGCAGUAAAUGUCACUUGCGUUAAUGGCUUUCCAACAGCAUUCAGCCAAAACUCGCUGAGCGUCCACUGUUGAGAAGAGUAUUAAGCUCUCCCUAGAAGCCUUCACAGGCCAAGCUUCUGUGAACUCCUAUGUCUCUGCUAACCAUGCGCGUUCACAGUGAGCAGACUUUAACGACCCUUCCUCAGAUGUUGGUUUGUUUAUUAGCUGAAUGUGACUUCAGUAGUCUAGCCUUUGAGGCUCCACCAUCCCAAAGUUGAUAGGGGACCACAACUUGCAAAAAAUCAAGUCAUAUGGAUGUGACUGGUCAACUUCUAACAGUUCUCGAGUUUUACAAAUAAAUUUAUUUAUUCAAUGCUAUCUAAUAAACACAAUUUAUAA